AUGGCAUCGUCUACCACACGGCUUCCAGCUCGGAUGGCACUCGGUCUCGGGAUGUCGCUGCUAGCUGCUCUAGGCCCUGCUUUCGCUCUACUCUACGUCCUCAACCAGCUCUAUCCCGAAAGCCCAAGCUUCACCUCCAGCAGCGAGAUCCCCUACCUGAUACUCUAUACGAUUUUGGCUCCCACUCAUCUUGUCGUUUCCUGGAUCUUCGUCAUGGCUUACUCGGAUUUGGCCCUGCCCUUUGUGAUGCGCUCGCUCGAAGUAUUGGCCAGCCAUCAUGUUCAGCAUCACCCUCACGGACAUGUUCAACCAUCCAAGGAUUCUCAUGAUGAAAAUCAGAACCAGAUCAAAAAC